AGAGACGGGCAGCAGGGAGUCAGGGAACAACUGUUAAUGUAUGCGGGCCGAGCCGAGCCGGGCCAGUGUGUCGGAGCGCACUGUUUUCUAUGCAUCCUACUGCUCGACAAACCACGGCUCGCUUGUUUUCUCACCGGUUCCGUAGCUUUUCAGUUUUUUGGCACAGAAAGCGGUUGUGUGUCAGCUUUUGUUUUACGCGUCCAGCCCUCCUGCGACUCAUACCGGGCCUUGACUGAGUGAUUGAGAGCGUGACUGCAUGGACCGGACUGAACAUGAAGAGCCUUAAAGCGAAGUUUAGAAAAACUGAUGUCAAUGAGUGGAACAAGAACGACGAGCGCCUGCUUGCUGCGGUGGAGCAUGGCGAGGUGGAGAAGGUGGCAUCACUUCUUGCCAAGAAAGGGGCCAGCGCUGUAAAGCUGGAUGGCGAGGGCAAAUCAGCUCUUCAUGUGGCAGCUGCCCGAGGACAGACAGACUGCCUCUCUGUCAUCCUGGCCCAUGGAGCUGACCUGUCAAUCACUGAUGCUGCAGGUUUAAAUCCGUUGCACCUGGCUGCCAAAAACAAUCACACCGAGUGCUGCAAAAAGCUCAUUCAGAGUAAAUGUCCUAUCGAUGCUGUAGACGGCUCAGGAAAGGCUGCUCUGCAUCACGCUGCUGCCAGUGGAAACAUCCAGACCGUCCAACUGCUGUGUGAACUAAAAAGUCCCAUCAACCUGAAAGAUGCGGAUGGGCUCACCCCUUUGCUGUUGUCAGCCAAACACGCUCAUGCUGAGGUGUGCAGCACUUUGCUGGACUGCGGCGCUGAAAUCAACACUUCUGACAACUGUGGCAGGACAGCCUUGAUGCUGGCUAGCGAGUCAAAUGCCGUUUCUGUUGUUGAAGUCUUGGUUCAGCGAGGAGCAGAUCUGUCGGCAGUAGACUCACAAGGCCAUGAUGUCGUACACUACACCAAGCUGCUGGGCAACUCUGAGGUCAAAACUGCCCUCACUGCUGCCUUAAACAGACAACAGGCUCCUGAUAUAAAGUCUCCUAGAAGUCCUCAGCAUGAUCAAGUAGCUAAACUAAGUGAUGAACGGAUCACAACUCCCAAAAAACGAAAAGCACCUCCACCUCCUAUUAGCCCACUGCAGAGCUCGGGACCCUCUUCUCCUUCAGUCCUGAUCUCCACUGGGACCCCUGGAUCCAACUAUAGUGACACUCCCAAAAGAUUCAACUACAAGGAGGAUGAGGUUAAAGGUACGACACUGAGAGAGGAGGUUGAAAAGCUCCAUGAAGAGAGAAACAUGUUGCUGGAGACAAUCGAAGACCUGAAGCAGUCGGUGGAGCAGAGGCUGACUGGGCCCGAAAUGGAAACAAAGGUCGAGCACAGUUUUACAGCAUCUGCAGCUCUGGUUUCUGCUCUGCAAGCCAAGAUUACUGCUCUAACUUUGGAGAAUCAGCAACUUGCAAGCAAACAUAAGAAACAUCCAUCCCUCCAAGCAAGCGAAGACCUGAAUGACACCAGUCGUCCAAACAGCAUGGCUUCCAACUCCUCCUUCCACUCCACCAAGGAUGAGUUUGAGUCACUGCCACAAGUGGAGAGGGAAGACGGUUCAGGUGGUGUUUCUGUCAGACGAGAGGAAGAAGAGAGUGAAGGAGGGAGAGGAGGGAGCAAAGAGGAGAUCAGACUGUUGAGGCAGGCGCUAGAGAGCGUUCAAGUAAAACUGCUAGAAACCAGGAAGGAGAACCGCUCGCUUCAUGCCCAGCUGGAACCUGAGCGAGGCAGAGAAAGAGAAGAGGAUGACAGCGUGAGGGAGAAAGGAAGAGAGGAAGAGUUGAUGGAGAGUCUCGCAGAGCUUCAGUCAAAGCUGACAGACACUCAAGAGAGAUACCACCAAGCUGUGGAGGAGGUGGAGGAUUUGAGGCUGCAGAUGGAAAGGGGAGGAGGUGAGCUAAUGGAGAAACAGGAGGUUCAGAGACGAACAUCAUCCACACUUGAACAUGAAGUAAAACAGCUGAGGGCCCUGCUCGUCCAAUCGGGAUCUGAGCAGGAGAACGCAGCUCUACGCAUCAGACAGCUGGAGGAGGCCCUGAGGAGGGUGGAGGAGGAAAGACGGAGUUUAAAGGAGAAAGAACAGAGGACUGCACAGAUUGAGGGGCUGUACAAGGAGGCACAAGAGGAGAUAAGGAUGCUCCAGGAGGCUCUGAGGGGCACAGUGCCAGUUGAAGCAGCAGCCAAAGACUUUGAAGAAAUGAAAGCUGGGCUAAAUGAGGUAAUCGCUGGGCUGCAGCGCCGCUUGCUGGAACUCUCACACUCCUUCAGUGAAACCAAAAGUCAGCUAAGUGCUGCACAGAAACAGCUGGCCGAGAGCAGAGCAGACUCAUCUCCCUCCUCAGAAGAAAAGCAGGUCGAGGUGCUGAACAUAAAGGUGGAGGAGCUGCAGACGUUGCUAGGUGAGACGGAGAAGAAGCACUCGGCUGCUCUAGAGGAGAUUUCACUGCUGAAGCAGGAAGCAGAGGCUCAGGCACAAAACUCUGUGACCCUCGCCGACCACACACAGGUGAUGUCAUCUCUGGGAAAUGCUAUCAAAGAGUUGGAAAGCCAGUCAGAGACGUUGAAAGAGCAGCUACACCAGAAAAUCUUGCAGGUGGAGGCUCUUCAGAACAGGCUGACUGCAGAGAAAGAUGUUACCCCAGAUGAUUCUGUCUCCCGCACCGAGCACGACACUUCUCAACAGCAGCUGGAGGGCGAGGUGAACCGUCUGACGCAGCUCCUCCAGGGGGCCCUCAGAAAGCAGGAUGAGAUGGCUCUGGAGGCCACUGAUGCGUGGCAGAAGGCACGGGAGAAUGGUGCAGAGCGGGAGGCCCUGCAGGAGCUGAUGAUGUCGAGGGAGAAGGAGAACCAGACGCUGACCACCAAGCUGGCGGAGUCCCAGGAUGCUGUGUGUCAGCUCAAACAGCUGGUGGAGAACCACGUUGCCUCAGAGAGAGAAAAAAACAAGAGGAUAGAUGACCUGUCACGGGAGGUGGGGAAGCUGAAGGAUGCCUUAAACAGCCUAUCACAGCUCUCCUACAGUGCUGGUUCUCCCUCCAAAAGACAGCAGCAAAACCAGCAGCUAAGCCAGCAGCUUGAGACGUUGCAGCAACAGAUCAAACAACUACAGUACCAGCUAGCUGAGUCAAAAAAGCAGCACCAUGAGAUAGUGUCAGUCUACAGGAUGCACCUCCUCUAUGCUGUCCAGGGUCAGAUGGACGAGGAUGUCCAGAAAGCCUUGAAGCAAAUCCUGAUGAUGUGCAAGAUGCCAAGCCAAGCCAAGGAGGCCUUCUAAGACACACUGGGCCUGGUUUCCCAAAAGCAUGUUGUGGACGAAAGUGAAGUGAACUGCUGCCGUCACCACAGUUACUCCAGUCCGAAUGUACACGUUGCUUGUGCUGAUUGCAAGCCAGGCCAACACAUGGUGCCUCUGGAGGAACCUUCAGUAUUUGUUACUGAGGAAUAGGUUUACAACCAUGGUCAUUGCCUUUGCUAAUGUAAUUUUGAACGACUAAGAUCAUCAAUCUUAUGAUGAAAAAUGCUUUUGGGAAACCCCAGCCCAGCAUAAAGAUACUGUACAUCAGCCAAUUGACCAUUCAAAUGAAUGAGAGAACCAAGUAGUUCAAGCCAAAUGUAUAAUCUCAGUAUGUGCAUGUUAACACUACAAUCUCAAUGUGCACUAACCUUAAAUCACAUGCAGUUGGACAUUGCGAUAUUACAAAGAGUGUACUUUGACAUAAACAUACACGAACCGUGUAAGUGCGUACUAAUCAGUCCACAGAAAACAGUAAGUUUCAUGUGGUUGGUUUCUGUUACAAUGUGCGCUUAGAGGUAUAAAAGACUCACUUGGCACUGCUGUAGUAGUAUCCGUUUUAUGAUACAACAGUGUUAGUAUUAUUUUACUUGUUGUCUAAAGGUUUCAUGGUUGUCAACAUUUUCCUAAUAGUCUAAAUUAUUUGUGCCCUCUUUACAAUGCAUGUGACUUUGCUCAACGCCAACAUCAAAAUCACAAAGAAAUGUUUUUUGUUCUUUGAAGAAAAAAAGCAUGAUACUGUUUGUAUUGCUAUUUUCGUAUUAGCACAACAUUUAUAAAAAAUGUACUUUACUAAAUUGUAUUACAUGCCAUGUUUUCUAAAGUACUGUACUUUAUUGAAGAGGUUUGAUAGCUGUAUUUUUGAUGGCCUUGUUUUGUGUCUGUUUUAUGUGAAGGAAAUUAAUUUUCCUCGAGUAUAACGACGCACUCUUGUCUAGUGACACCUGAAUUAGUCUAUUUUCCUGUUAUAAUUCAUAUUUUACUAUAAAGAGUUGAAUAUGAUUGUCUACUGUAAUAAGAAAACAUUUCAGUUGUAACAAAUGCCCAACAGUAUGGGCUCAAUAUUUAUGUCUUUUUGACUUAGAGGAGAAUUCCGCUCUUGUCUAAUCUUACACUUCGUUCUUUUGUUUAGCUACUCCUUACUUGAAAAGCAUGCAAAAUGUGUUGGCUGAAAGCGAAAGAAUUGUUGAGUCUGCUGUCACGUGCCUGGAAUCAGACAGUAUUUUUCUGGCUCUGCAGUUAUUUCAUCUGAAAAUUACCUUAAAUAUCAGUAAUUUCAAUUGUCGUAGAUGCCAAUUUCACCAGGCUUCCUUAUUAAUUUAUUAGCAUUUACCGAGAAUGUUUUUUGUCUUUCUAGUUGUGAUACUCCCAUCUCUAUCAGUGUUCUUUGUAGGUACCGAUAUACACUGUACAGAAUACAUUUAAAAUGGAUUUCUUUGAACGUGUCUUCUAGAGGCUUCUGAACUGUUUUCACAACACACUCCUUUGCCUUAGUACUGUACUACUAUCGAUCCUUCCUCUGAACAGUGUUUGAGAUUAUUAAGAACACACCCAACACUAACGCUGUUAAACUUAAGUCCGAUUAAAUUCAUUUUUUUAUAUGAAACUCCCUGUAUCUCACUCAGGAACUUUUUUUACUCGACAUGAUUUACACCUGACUGAGACUUCUUAGACGCUGAGUACAGCUUUUGCUUCACUUCAUCGGCUGUAGAAUAUCACAAACAACUUAGCUCUUUCUCUCAAGGCCUUGACUGAAAUAUUUUUUAACAAGAAAGGGAAAAGAAAUUAACAAUUCUUUGAUGGUUGUUUUAGAAGUGACAGUGAAAAGAAUUUGCCAACUGCUUUGUUGCCCACAUUAAUACAUUUUCA